ACCGAGAAACACUCUAGUGGUGCUAGCCCAGAGAUUGCGCCUAUCCAAGAGCACCCAUCGACCUCCCACGAAGGACAUCCUACAACCAGCUACGAUGAAACCGAAAAGUCUAGAUGGGAACGUCUUUGGCCAGUCAUCGCUUGCGGUGCUGGUCUCUUCAGUGAUGGAUAUUUGAAUGGUGUGAUCGGUUUUGUGUCGACCAUGCUUGGAAAAAUCUAUCCUACUACCUAUGCUACCUCGCCCGCCCAACGCAACGUCUCGUCCAUCACCUUUGCUGGAACCGUGGUUGGUAUGUUAAUAUUCGGCUACACCUCCGACCACUAUAGCCGCAAGUGGAGUUUGUUCGCCAGUACUGUCAUCCUGAUUCUCUUUGCCGCACUCAGUGCAGGUAGCUAUGGAGCUGGCGGCAGUAGCUCUAGUCUCUUUGCUGCCUUGACCGCAUGGCGUUUCUUGCUGGGUAUUGGUAUCGGUGGUGAGUACCCAGCAGGCAGUGUGGGCUGUGCCGAGAGCACUGGAGAACUCAAGAGUGGAACCAGAAACAGAUGGUUCAUUCUGUUCACUAACGUGCAAAUCGAUAUCGGAUUUGUGGUUUCUGCACUGGUGCCAAUGAUUGUGAACCAUCUCCGUGCCGCCUGGCGUAUCUGUCUAGGUCUUGGAGUGAUUCCUCCUCUCUCGCUUUUAUACCUCCGUCUCAAACUCAAGGAGCCUGAAGCUUACCGUCGCGAAACAAUGGCANAAGCAAAGACCNCCUGGCUCUUGGUCAUCAAGUUCUACUGGUGGCGACUGACCAUUGUUUCCUUAAUCUGGUUCAUCUACGACUUCUCGGGCUACUCUUUCUCGCUGUUCAGCUCAACUAUCGUGACAAACCUACUGGGCGACAAUGCUCCACUCUGGAAAUCGUUUGGCUGGACCACAUUGAUCUAUCUCUUUUACCUUCCUGGCUGUAUCGGCGGUUCCUUUGUCAGUGACUGGCUGGGUCCCAAGCUUACUCUCGGCAUUGGCGUGCUUGCCCAAGGAAUCGUCGGAUUCAUCAUGGCUGGCGUGUACAGUUAUCUCGCCCACCCUUCCAACGUCGCUGGCUUCGUGAUCGUCUACGGUGUCUUCCUCGCGCUCGGAGAGCAAGUUCUUCCAAAGUUCUCAUUCGGACCCGGCGACAACAUCGGUCUCAUUGCCUCCAAAUCCUGCGCCACCGCCGUCCGAGGCCAAUACUACGGCAUUGCCGCCGCCAUUGGCAAGAUCGGCGCGUUUGUGGGCGAUCAAGUGCUCGCCAUUCUCUACAACCACUACGCAGAUACCGACAUGGUCAAAGCGGGUCAAUACCCGUUCUUUGUAUCCAGCGCGUUGUGUAUCUUGAGUGCUUUCAUUGCUUNNUUCUUCCUUCUGCCCCAUAUUGGGCAGGAUACUAUUGAUGAGGAAGACAUGAAGUUUAGGGCCUAUCUCGCCGAGAAUGGGUAUGAUGUUAGUCAGAUGGGUGUGCAGCAGGAGAGCGCGGAGCAUAUUAUUGGACAGAGUGAGGUUGAGAGGGAUAACAAAGGUGCU